AUGGAGUCCGGCAAUGUCCACAGAGUCUCGCUCUGCACCCACCAGGCCGACCCCCUGGGAGCUUCUUUCUACCUGACCACGUUCGGCCAGCUGAAGCUGUCCCUUGAGUUGCAGGGCCGGAUCUUGGUGCUGCAUGUCAUGGAAGCAAAAGGUCUGAUAGGAAAGGAGUACCGGACAUGCAACUCAUAUGUGAAGGUGUCGAUUGUGCCAGAUGCUGACUGGAAGUGCAGGCAAAAGACGAAGACCGUGCCAGACAGCAAAAAUCCUGUCUUCCAUGAGCACUUUCUUUUCCCCGUGCAAGAGGAGGAUGAGCAGAAACGUCUCCUGGUCACAGUCUGGAACAGAGAGAGAAAUUCCAGGCAGAGCAAACUGAUUGGCUGCAUGAGCUUUGGCAUCAAGUCCCUCCUGACCCUGGACAAGGAGAUCAGCGGCUGGUACUACCUCCUCGGGGAGGACCUGGGCAGGACCAAGCACCUGAAGGUGGCCACACGGCGGCUGAAGCAGAGCAGAGAGCCGAUGCCAGGAGGUCAGGAAACUGACUCCGGUAUCUCUUUCCAGAUUACGAUCCCUCGAGGAAGCGAUGGGUUUGGCUUCACAAUCUGCUGCGACUCCCCAGUCCGUGUGCAGGCAGUGGACUCCGGGGGCCCAGCAGAAAAGGCCGGUCUGCAGCAGCUCGACACAGUGCUGCAGCUCAACGAGCAGCCUGUGGAGCACUGGAAAUGUGUGGAGCUGGCACACGAAAUUCGGAACUGUCCCACUGAGAUCAUACUACUGGUCUGGAGGCUUGUCCCACAGGUCAAGCCAGGACACGAAGGCAUGAUCCGCAGAUCGUCCUGCAAGUCUGCCUACGACCUCCAGUCCCCACCCAACAAGCGGGAAAAGAACAGCACCAUGCCUCCGCGGCCCGAGCAGCGCCGGAGCUGCCACAUACUGUACGAUGGGACCGAUGGGCUGGUGCUGAACAGCUGGGAGAGGUACACGGAGAUGGGCAAGCGGAGCCAGAACACCAUGCCACCUCUGUCCCGUGUCCCCUCCGCUGCGGACCAGAACUACAUCAUCUUAGCUCCUGUGAACCCAGGGAGCCAGCUGCUGAGGCCUGUCUACCAAGAGAACAACACUACUGUGG